GUGGGUACACCACGCUCACCUUGCAUACAUGUAUACACAGCACGUUUGACGAUCUACAGUACACGACCGUUUACUACACUGGCGAUAGUCAAAUCUCGUGUACGAUGAAACAACGGGCAUUCAAGACGUGUAUGUGGCUAUGUUGCUGUGGCCUUACUCUGACGUCCCUCGUCUGUUACUUUGUUUACACCAACCACGCCACAUUGACACAAUGGAAAAGCAUCCUUCUUGGCGAACCUCAAAACAGACCCAGUCAGUUUGACCUCAACGCAAGCAGAGUCAAAUCAAUGUACAAACUGGCAGGAAUUGCACUCCGUAUCGACAACCACAACUGGGCAUCCGCCACCGAUGUCUGUUCUAACGGUAUCGUCUUCCCAUCCGGAAUAAUCAAGUCACUGGCAGGGGAGGUAAGCGUGUUCUUCCAUGACGAGAAGGAACGCCGAUCCACCAUGCGGUACAUGAACAAGAACGGGACUUGGGAGCGGAGGAACCUGAACACGUUGUCAGAGAUCAUGGAGAACCACAAUGACGCCUACUUCUUUGAUAUAUAUGCUGGCGUUGGUUUAUACUCGCUGCCUAUAGUGAAAUUGGGCAGAAAGGUGGCUGCUAUCGAAUACAGGUAUUCCUUCGCCGAGAGACUCUGCCGGGGUAUAAUUGCUGGUAAUUUUCAACAUAAGGCAUUUAUAGUGAAUAACUUCAUCUCCCAUGCACACCAGUCGGCACCAAUUAAACUAGAACAUUUGAGCCAAAGGUCAAAGGUUGGAGGUGACAUGUCGGGUCAUGUGUUUAGUACAGUGUCAUCGGUAGAGUUGAACGCAUUGCUGGACAGAUUCAGUGUGGAAUCUGUUGUUGUGCGAAUCGACAUGACCCCAGAAGACAUCCCAGCUGUUCUAAAUGCGGAUGAAUUUUUUGAAUUCGGAAACGUACUGUAUGUUCUAAUGGAAUGGACACACAUAUCCGGUUCACUGGAAACGCCCAAGCUGCUUGCAUUCAUGGACAAAUACGAUUUGGUGCCGUGUUUAAAUAUUGCCUGCAAGAAACCUUUGAAACCGGAACAAUCCUCCACGUGGCCAGCCUAUGUGCUGUGGACAAGAAGAGAGUUGAGACCCAAGGCAGCCGUCAAGACCUCGCCUGUUUUUCGUACCAGCAAUGCCACCAUUGGUGCUGUAGGUUGAUGGUUGAAAUCUUUGGUUUCCUCAUUAAGCAGAGCAGAUAGCAUUGCUAUUUCUCUUGUUUAUUAAGCUUUGUUGAAUCGGUUGAAGACAAGUUUUUAAUCAUUUCAUUUCAUUAUGGAACUUAUGACACAUGAUCAACGCUCACCUUGACGCCAUUGUUUUGUUAAAUAGAAGAAAAGUAUUUUUGGCACUCUUUAUAAUCAGUCCAGACAUUUAUCUCGGUGAGAAAUCAUAUUGAAAAUAGUUCCCGUCACAUGACUGUCACGUGAUAUAUCAUGAUGUUAAUGUUGGAAGUGUUUCUAUCUGAUUGUUUUAUUUGCAUAAUAUAAAGU